AUGUGCGAAGGAGCUACUUCACUUUCUCAAAACGAUCUGAUCUUGUGGCAAUGCAAGGUUAAUUUAAUUCAACGCAAAGCUGCAACGAGCAACCAAUUUUCGCAACAUAAGCCCGCAUCACAGCUUCACGUUGCCUUGUUCUCCUCACGUGCACAUUCACUUCACAUGAACCGCAAGCACCGCAGAGGCCAAAAAGGCAAACCAUCAAACCACGAACAAGAAAAUGACUUGGUUCUCGCACGACCGCCAGAAACUACUCAACCACAAGCCAAAACACUAUAUGAGAUAGCAGCAGAGCGACAGGCAGCGUUGACCCCGUCGAAAUCUGGCUCAUUCCAAAGGCUCCCUUCAAAAGACAAUGUUGUCAACGUUGUGGUGGGCCAGGAUGGGAAACUCAAGACACUGGAUGGAUCAGCACUCCCUGGUCAGGAAUUGUCUGAGAGCGUGAGUCCGUGGUUGGAUACGCUGCUUUUGGCUACGAGUCUGUCUGCGUUACAUUUCACGCUGGAGGCGUUGACGGUGCAUCAGUACGCUGAUGAGCUACGGUGGAAGCAUGUGUUGUGGCAUACUGUGUUGAAAGCGUUUCCGGUGUUGACUUUGCUGGUUCACUUUAUGCAUGGGCAUUUACUUUCACUGAGGACGUCGAAAAAGGUGUCUGAUGCUAUUGCCGGGCUGAAGCAAUUACUGUUCGUGGCGGUUGCUAAUAUUGCUGGGUGCUAUUUAAUCUACUUGACGAAUGAUAAGGGGUAUAUGGCGGUCAUGAAGAAUGCACCGAGUAUAGGGACAUUAUGGAUAUGGUCGGUCAUUGAGCUGGGGCUGGCUGGUGCGCUGGUGGGUGUUGCUGGGCCUGGUAUAUAUGCAUAUUACUACGGGUAUGGAAUCUUUUGA